AUGAGUGAUACCAAACAAGAUAUUAUCGAUUUUAAAGACGAAGAAAAUGAAUCAUCGAAAACGAAAUUGAUUCUUUCACAUGUUCAACCAUCUACAUCAUUUUCCUCUCACAAACCACCUUCCUUAACUACAACCUCAGAUCAAUUGCAGUAUAGUAAAAAUAUUGACAGAUCAAAUGAACCAUUUGACAAAAACAAUCAAGACAAUCUUAUCGCAAUUUAUCGAGCUAAAAAUCUUAUAGCAUUUUUUAGAGCGUUACAUGGAGGACAAUUUCGUAAUGUAGAUUUAAACUAUUAUGUCGUAAUAUCAGAUGGACAAUUAAUUGGCAUUUACGAGAAUGAGGAAAAAGCUUGUCAAGUAGCAGCUCAAACAAAUUUUAAUAUUGGCAAUCAAGUUGGUGAUGGAAUGGUUUUUCCUAUUUCGGGAAAUUUUAAAUCAAGAAAAAAAUCUAGUAAUAGAAAUUAUAUUUUUCCUAGAGUUUAA